AUGCGGGCCACUUAUGUUGGACAGCAAGAGCAAUAAAGGUCGACAGGCAACUAUGUCAGCUCCAGAACCCGAUUGCAGGGAUCGCAAACAAUGUUCAGGAGCUGAAAGAGCUGAGAGCAGUGCAAAUCGGAAAAGAGCUCAAUACAUGGCUGGCACCAAGUUGGGGUUCAGGCAACCGGCUGCAAAUGCACGAAUCAGGGAUGAUCGCAUCAUUUGGGCGAGUGCCUAAUGACUUCUAUCACAACCUCAAAUAAAAAGCAUCGGGAAGAAUUUUCGUUCUGAAUAAACAUCUCAAGCCCAUUCGCUGGAAAUAUUCCAGAAAACAUUUUGAUGAUCAAAUAUUUCCCGUUUGUUUGCGGAUUAAUCGCUCUCCAGAAAUAACGCUGUGUGGACUUCCUAGUUCAAAUGUCUCAAAAAACAUCUGAUGAAUGGGGCAAAACUGAUUUAUUGAAGUAUGUUUUUUUUCUUGCACAGACGACCUCAACAUUAUAGAAAAAAAAUCCAAUUUUAAUUUCGAAUUUCUUAACUGUGAACUCAUUUUCCACUCCUCUGAAACGCGAAAAAAAGUGGAGCAAUUAUCGAAGGUUAAAAAAAUCAACCCAUCCAUUUGAAUGAAAAAAAGUGGAUGCAAAAAUUUUUUUAUAAUCCUCGAAAAUAACUGUUAUCAACUAGUUGACAGAAAAAAAGAACUUGAUUCUGAUUAUAGUUUUAUCGAAACAAUCAUUUUGUUUAUUUUAUUGAAAAAUGUGGAUAGAAAAACUCCUCAAUUCCUAUGCAAAAAAAUUUGCUAUCAACUAGUUAGUAGGAAAGAUUUUGAUCGCGCUAUACGGAAAUGGAAAUUGAUCCAUUAAGACUAAGAAAAGAAGCAAACGAUUAUCGUGAGAAGGAAGUUUGCGGCGAAGGACAGCUGUCAGCACAAUCAAACAAAACCCAUUUUUGACAUUUCGCUCGGUUAGCUGCGCAAUGAAAUAAAAUUGAACCGUAAUUGGUGUUCCGACAGACCCUGGACCAAAUUGCGCACAAGCGAUUUUUUUUUCGAUCCAAUUUUUCCUUGCGGUGGUUGCUAUUGCUCAGUUUUCUACCGACAUUGCAACUCCAAAGCGAGCGCCAGCGUCUCACUGGACUGGCUCAUGAUUUUUUUACGUAAUUUUUUUGUAUGAUGAAAAAUGAAAUACUAAAAAAUAAAAUUGAAGAUAAAGCAAACAGUAAAAAAAAAUUGAGUUAGGAAUUACUUUUUGAUUAUGCCUAUCAAUCUUUAUUGUCGAUAGAAGUUUUCUUAGACAGAAAUGACUUCACGCGAUCAAAAAUAGAAAAGAAAGUAAAACAAUUUCAAUAUAAGGUAAAUGCAAAAUGAAGCAGUGGAAUGUGAAAGAUGUUCGAAUUGGAGACGAUGGAAAUAAGGAUAAGAAGAAGUAGGCGUCUCCACAAGUCAAGAACACUGUCUAGCGACGGAAUCGACAAAAACAAGUUAGAAACGAUUUUCGAUCCCAACGCGAGUCUUCAGCAAAAGUGUUGAGAAAAUCGCUUCAGCGGAGAUGUUUUGAAUCUCGCGCUAGCCGAUCCAACGGCGUGCGGCAUUUUUGCAAUUAUGGCCCGUCCCCUUCUCGCGCAGAUAGGACAACGUGGCCGGUUUUUCCACACCAAUUUACUUUUCUUUUUUUUUGGUUUCCGGUAUUCUUGAUCUUUUCCAAGAUAACCUGUUUUCAGGAAAAACUUUUCUUGUUCUUUUUCAAUGUUUUUUUUUCAGAUUUUGUGUUCUUUUCCAUUUUCCUGGAACCUCGGUCGUGACAUUGCUCAAAACUUAGUUUUCUAAUUUUAUUAAGAAAAUUCAGGCUUGGGUCGCUUCUUCAUGAUGAAAAUUUUGGUCUUAGUGUGCUUGGCCAUCGGCGCCAUUGCACAUUCUCAUUCUCAUGAACCUGCGCACAUGAAAUAUACAAAAGAAGUCAAUGAACAGGUUUUUUCAUUAUUCUUUUUAAUCGUUCUUCAAAAAAAAAAAUAUUGUUUUUAUUCGUUUAUCUGCAAUAUGAUUGAGACAAAAAUAAAAUGUUGAUAAAUAAUUCAAAUCAAUUUUCAUGAAUUUUUUUCAAGUUUUUUGAAAUAACAAGAAAAAAUUUAAUCGCUUUUUUUAGGCGGCAAAAGAAGUUUCUUCUGGACACCAUCACGCUCACGAUCAUGGGCAUUCGCACGAACAUGGCGGUGGAUGUCCUCAUGCUCAUUCUCAUGAUCAUGAUCAUCAUGACCAUCACGACCAUCACGGUCAUUCUCAUGACAGUCACGGUCAUUCUCAUGACAACCACGGUCAUUCUCACGAUGACAAGAAAGCUCAUGGCCACUCCCAUGAUCGUGUUGAAAGUGAGACUUUUUUUUAUUUCUUAAUCAAUCUAUUAUUCGCAGGAGACACCAAUGCACACAGUCAUUCGAAACCUGCGUAAGAUUUUUUUCUAUUCCUACAAUUAUCUGUCCGUUGUCCUACUUUAUACUUAAUUGUUACAGCACGAAUAGCCGCAAAGCUACUCCAGAAUAUCAAUACACGGGGUGAGAAAAAAACUAAGAAAAAAAAAAUAAAAAUAUUACAGACAUUUGUCAUUCCUUAAUGAUCCUCGAACAAGACUUUGGGUGUACUCGAUCUCCGCCACUUUGCUGAUCUCAGCUGCUCCUUUCCUCAUUUUGUUCUUCAUUCCAAUUCAGGUAGCGAACUAUUUCUUUAUAUUUUCAUCGCAAAAAAAAAAUGCAAAACUAUGUAUGUGUUUAUAGUCGAAAAGACUGUACUGGUCGAUUAUGUGAAAUUAUUUUUCUGGCUGAGAGAAGUACAAGUUGUAGAGCAAAACAUUUUUCGCAAAUUAAAAAAAAUUAACUUCCGUGUUUUUUGGUUAUGAAUGCGUAAGGUCAUUAAUGAAAUAUUUUCAAUUUCAGGCUAACACUGCCGAGUCCGGACCUUUGCUCAACGUCCUUCUCGCGUUCGGGUCCGGUGGACUGCUGGGCGAUGCCUUCCUGCAUUUGAUUCCUCACGCCACCCCAGCUGGAAGCGGUCAUGGACAUUCUCACUCUCAUGCUCAUUCUCAUGAAGCUGGACAUUCUCACGAACCACAUGACAUGAGCGUCGGUGGUUGGGUUCUUGCAGGUAAUUUUCGAGAUACAAGUAUUCAAAACUAAACUUUUUACAGGAGUUAUUGCUUUCCUGACAGUUGAGAAGCUUGUCCGUAUCUUGCGAGGAGGAGAAGGACAUGGUCAUUCUCAUCACUCCCAUUCGCACUCCGAAAAGAAAGAUGACAAGGACAAAAAGAAGAAAGACGACGACAAAAAAGAAGUUGAGAAGAAAGAAAAGGACCCUGGGUCCAUAAAGGUCGUGCUUUGUUUACAAAAAACAUAACAUGCAGCUUCAGGUGACAGCUUAUCUCAAUUUGGUGGCAGACUUCACGCAUAACUUCACUGACGGCCUUGCUAUCGGAGCUUCUUUCAUUGCUGGAACCACUGUUGGUGUAGGUAAGAUAAAUUGCGAAAUUUUUUUAAAAAAAGAAAUGAAUCUUUCAAAAACUUUCUGAAGAAAAAAAUAAAAAUUUAACCAUUUUUUUCGGACCUUUUUUUCAAACAUGAAAAAGAUUCAAUAUUGCAAUUAGGAAAUUUUUCUUUUUCAGUCACAAUGAUCACUGUUCUUGUCCACGAAGUUCCUCAUGAAAUCGGAGACUUUGCCAUUUUGAUCCAGUCUGGAUAUUCGAAAAGAAAAGUGAGACAUUUAGGAUUUCAAGAGUGUGAUAACUGGUUCAGGCGAUGAUGGUUCAACUGGUGACAGCUCUCGGAGCCCUUUCCGGCUGUGUUCUUUCUCUUCUCGCUUCGGACGCCGACGCCCUCGCAGAUGCCGCCGCCAGUUCCUGGGUUCUUCCGUUCACAGGUGAUUAUUUUCUAAAAGAAUCAAGUUAACAAAUCUUGAUUCAGCUGGUGGCUUCAUAUACAUCGCGACGGUUUCGGUCAUCCCAGAACUUCUUGAGAACAGUUCUUUCGUGCAGUCCGUCAAAGAAAUUGCCGCUCUACUAACUGGAAUUUUCUUGAUGUACUUGAUUGCUCUUUACGAGUAG